AUGGAGUUGGAUGUAGAUGGACAAGGUCGAGAUAACGGCUCGAACCUGUUUGUGAGAUUUCUUGGUCAGGAAAAUUUUGAGUUUGAUUAUGCUGCUGGCGUCAAAUGGGCUCUGAGGACCUUAGGUGAUAGAUGGAAGGCCCAUAAGUAUAAUUUACGAGGAGAAUACUUCUUUCCUAACAAAAGAAAGGCAGAAAUUCUGGCUGUGAAUCCCUCAGACAUACUGCCUGUUGAAUGGACUGCUUUUGUGGAUCAUUAUAUGGAUCUUAAAAUAAAGAAACAAUGUUUGCAAAAUGCCAGAAAUCGUGAGAGGCUUAUAGUUUCACACGCCGGUGGAAGUAAAAGCAAUGCUAGAAGAGCAACUCAGAUGGAAAAAAAAUUGGGAAGGCCUGUAUGUCGAAGCGAGGUUAUUGUAUCAACUUUGCUAAAGAAAGAUGGGAGUUAUGUAAGCGGGGAAGGACAACGAUUAGCUGAAAAGAUAGCAGAGCAUUUGUCUGAAGACCAAGAGCGUGCUGCCGCUGAAGGUAUUCAUUCAAAGGUCUUGGCUCAUCCGGAUGAUGCAAUUGGAAAAGUUUGUAGUCCUGAGAAUGGUAAGCGAGUACGUGGCUUUAGUAAUGCUGCAUAUCCCAGUGGUUUUGGCAAGUCAAAGCGCAUCUUUGGAGGGGCAAUAUGCGGAGGUUCUAGCGGUGCAUCGCAACAGCAUGUUGCAGAAUUAGAAAAGCAACUUCAAGAAGCUAAAGGUCAAGUGGCAACUCUUUACAGAUUUCUACAACAGAAAUACGGUGAUGAAGUACCUACCUUAUCUGAUUCUGUGCCACACAUUGAGUCGGAAUGAUGCACCUCAUGUCAUGUUUAUUUUAUUUUUAAUUUAUGUCUAGUUUAUACUGUGAUUAGAGAUAUUUUUAUUUCUUAUUGUACAAAAUUAUGCAACUUGGUUUCUGUUAUUUCUUUACUAUAUCUUUGAACAAUGCAUAUGCUUUAAAAUACUGUUAUUACUUAGUUUGCUAUUUUUUAUUUUAAUUUUAUUAUCGUUGCUUUGAUUAUUUA